AUGCUCCGCAAUUGCACCGUCCCUCUGUCGGUGGACUUUGACACACCCGGUGACUUUUUCAUCUUCACCUUCCACAUCCUGUUUGCCACCAGUGCCGUGCUGGUGGCCGGUUCUGUGGCCCUUAGCAUCUCCUGCACCAGGUCACUGCGCAACCAGAACCGCUUCAUCUUCAUGCUGAACACCAGCAUCAGUGACACUCUGACCGGCUUCUCUGUCUACUACCUGGGGCUCUUCGACGUCCAGGAGGGCUACCCGUCUAGAAACGGCACUUUCUAUAUCCUGCCUUCGUUUCUCGGUGUUAAUGUGCUGACCUUCCUCUUUGCUCAGUUUGACCGCUACUUUGCAGUUUGCCACCCGUUCUUCUACAACCGCUUCAUCACCAGGUCGUUUGUGAUUAGUGUGUGUGCCUUCUGCUGGAUCUACACCUACUCCAUCCUGACUGUCCAGAACAUGGUGCCCAUCUCAAAAGCGGCUCAGAUUAACGCCUUUGGGGUGAUGACGCUUCAGAUCAUCGUGCUCAUCAAAGUCCUGAUGACCAUCAAACUCUACAUUAUCGCUCGCAAUCAUCUGGUCAGAGAGGUGCCCAGUGCAGAGAGAGACAACAAGAAGGAGUCUCUGCGCAUCAUUGUGUUCGUGGUCAUCUGCUUUCUGGCUCUGUGGUGUCCCUCUUUCAUCAACAUCAUCGUCCGCCAGCUGACCAGAACAGGACUGAGGUUCAGGAACGAGGCCACCAACCUGUUUGCCAUCAUGGCUCGCCUGAACGCUCUGGUGACACCGGCCCUGUACAUCUGGGGCAGCCCGGCCCUGAGGGCGGCCGUGUGGAGGGUCAUCUGGCGCUGGAUCCACCCCAGGAGGAGAGUCCGGGUCCGAUUCAACUUCGAUGACAUGAAAAACAAGCUAAAACUGAACCGAGCAAGCAACAGGAAGUCGAAAGAAGAGAUGAAGACGUGAAUGUGAGUGUAUGAAUGCAGAGUUAAACAAAGCAGACC